CUUCCCUUUUGGCUCAUGUUCCUGCCGCCCAAGCCUCUGCUACUCCUCAUCCUCCUGUCGUGAACUCUGCCUCUGGUGAUCAACGUGGUCUCGAUGCUCUCUCUGACCGUGAACUGUGGGCUGCUGUCGCUCGUGCUUCAUCUUCCACCACCUUUUUGGAGAAGUCGUUUCGUGCAGUUCUUGAGAAACUUGCUGAUUCCAAAACGCCCCAACAAGAAAUUGAUGAUUCUAUCCUAGUUAAUAAGGUUUGUUCUCAUCUGAACAUUCCUGCCCCGCUUAGUAUCCAUCGACAUCCAUGUAAUUCUCGUUUUAGACCGGUUAAAAUCCAAUUUUCCUCUGUUCAUUCUCGCAAUAUGUUUAUUUUUGGUUUCAAAGAGCCGUUUCUGCGCUUUUUCAAAACACCAUUGUACCAUAUUGUCGCGUUCGUCGUGAUAUGAUUCCUCAUGAACUUGUCCUCCUUCGCCGCCUUCGUCAUCGUGUCUUUGUUCUCAAUCAAGACGAAGGCAAAUUGCAGAUUUUAUCUCAGAGACCUCACCAUUGUUGAAAGGUCCAAAUGUAUCCCUUUGCCUGUACCUCAUAACAUCGAACAUUUCUGUUAAUACUAAUUUUACUCCUGUGAACAAUAUUUCUUUUUAUUUCUAACCCUGUUAAUGUCAACUUAUCGGCUAAUGUGAAUGAUAUAUCUGAUCCUAAUUCUAUUUAACACUUGUGAAUUAUCAUCAUCUGGUGGGUCAAACCUUGUACAUAAUUUGAAUUCUAACUCUUUUUCGCGGUCUUUUCGCGCCCUCUCCCCACGCUAACUCGAUCUGGUCAAAAAGUUGUCUUGCCUUUACGCAAAUAUUCGCUCUAUUAGAUCUCCCUCCAAAAUUAACUUGCUUUUUUUGACCAUUUAAUUACUAACAAUAUUGAUUUAUGUUUUUAUCUGAAACAUUUCUUGAUUCAACAUGUCAUGAUUCUCUUUUUUUAACAAUUUUUUUACAGUUUCGUACGGGUAGAUCGGCCUACAAGCUCCUCUCGUUGUGGAGGUGGUGGAAUCAUCAUUUUCUUCAAAAAACACCUGGGAAUCGCAGAAGUGGAUUUAGCCUUGGAUCGUCACUAUCCCGAACAUUUCUGUGAGGUACUUGCCUUUGAUUUUUAUUCACCGUCCAAAUCUAGGUUUUUCUUAGCUUACCGUCCUCCUUCCACUUCAAAAAAUUAUACUAUUAGCUUGUUGAAACAUUUAUCCAAAUUUUUACUUCCUUUCAAUAACCAUUUGAUUGGCGAUUUCAACCUUCCAAAAAUUGAUUGGUCUUCUCUGACUUCGACUUGCCCUCUUUCUUCAGUCUUUCUCGAUUUUACUAUCACUUCUAACCUUACUCAAUUAGUUCACUCUCCUACUCGUUGCACUUCAAGCACUGCUAACAUUUUUGGACUUACUUCUAACAACCAACCCUUCUCUUUUUCCAGAUUUGUCAGUUUCUGAACCACUCUUAGGGUCCGAUCACUUUUUCCAUUCUAUUUUUCCAUUUCUGUCUGUUCUCCGAUUAACCACACAUCAUCCGUUCGAAAGCUCAAUUUAAAAAAAUGUAAUUUUUUUCUAGAGUUAACGACUUAAUUUCUUCUUUCAACUGGGAUCGGCAGUUCAGCUAUUUUUUCCUCUGUUGAGAGUAAAUUUUUCUCAUUUUUUUAAAAAAAUUUUUUUAAUGAAAUUGUUCGUGAUUCCUGUUCUAGUUUUCUAACUCCCCCCUCAGUCGUCGCCCAUUCAACCAUGACAAUCGUAUUCGCCGGCUAAAUAUUAAAAGAGCCAGUCUCAUUCGUGCUAAUCUUUUUCAAUAAUUCUACUCGCCUCCAAUUCAAUCUACUGUAUAAAAAAAUCAAAAGCUUGUGCCUCCUCCAUCUCCCUGGCACAGGAAACUUACAUUGCUAACAAUUUCAACCAUGUUCAACUUUUCCAAAUAUAUCUCCAAAAAAACUCAAAUGUUGUUCUUCCAUCCCCCAACAUUACUUACAACAAUUCCCUUAUUUCUGAAAGCUCCUCAAAAGCAGAUGUUUUUUUGCUCAAAUUUUUUUAGCACAAAUUUUUUUCUGAUGAAGUUUACGAUUUGAUGCCCAUUUUCCCUUCCCCAAAAAGCCACUAACUGCUCUAUUUCGUUCACUCCUGAACUUGUUUAUAAAAACUCUGAUAGCUUUACCUCCCAAAUGCGGUUUUUCGCCUGACUUAAUCAAUCAACUUGUUUUAAAAAGGUGCUCUACAUCUAUUUCUAUUCCUCUGUCUAUUCUGUUUAACGAAUCUUUUUUUAUUCGGUUUCAUUCCACCCUCCUGGAAAUCUACCACGGUAAUUCCUAUUUUUCAAACGUGGAAAAAAACUUCAGAUCCGUCAAACUACCGCCCUAUAUCCUUGACACAUCCUUUGUCCCAGGUCUUUGAAAGGAUUAUUUGUGAUAUGAUUCGCCGGAGAUUCUCCUCAUUGUUUUUCUGAAUCUCAGUUUGGUUUUUUUAAACAAACGAUCUUGCAAAAGCAACCUUCUAUCUUGCCUCUCCUCUUGGCAAAAAUCUAUCGCCUCGAAAAAAUUUGUCGAUGUUGUUUUAUUUUGACUUUUGCCAAGGCUUUUGAUAAGGUAAAUCAUUCUCUGCUUGUUCAUAAGCUCAAGAACUUUGGUCUUGACGAAAACGUUGUUCGAUGGUACAAAAAAACUUCUUAUCUGAGCGUGUUUCUAAUGUUCUGAUCGAUGGAUCUCGUUCUUCUCUUACUUAUCUCAAUACUUCCGGUGUCCUUCAAAGGAACUGUAUCUGGUCCUUUGCUUUUUCUAAUUUUCAUCAAUGAUAUUGUUAACUACAUUGACCAUGAAACCUCAAUCUCUCUGUUCGCUGAUGAUAUAAAAAUUUACAGUUCUAACCCUGAAUCUCUCCAACGUAGUAUUAAUUCCAUAUUUGAAUGGUCUUCCAUUUGGGGCUUGCCUCUUGCUGCGCACAAAACUUUUGCUAUCAACCUUGGUCCCCUCAAUCCCAAAACAACUUAUUUAAUCAAUGGUCUGUCUAUUCCCAGAAAAACCAUUAUCCGUGAUCUAGGUGUUCUUAUCGAUGAUAAACUAACUCUCGCUCCUCACAUUAACAAUAUCGUUUCUUUAGCAACCCUUCGUUUCCAAUCAGAUACUCAACUGUUUUUCGUUCCAAAUCACCUGAUCUAUUGUUCAAAAAUUUUUUUAACACCUAUGUAAGGCCUAUUCUAGAAUACUGCUCCGAAGUUUUUUUAACCCUCCCCUUAACUCUGAUCUCUGCUACAAACUGGAAUCUCCUCUCAGAAUUUUUUCUCGUAAAAUUUUUAUUAGGUCCAACUUAUCCUUUGAAUCUUACUCUGAUCGCCUUGAACAAUUUGAUAUCUCUCCACUUUACCUCAGACGAGCUAUAUCUGACAUUCUGACCCUUCAUAAAAUUGUCUUCGGUAUCGAUCAUUUUCCCCAGUUCGAACUUUUUUUGCCCUCAGGUCAAUUUAAGGCGAAAUCCACUUCGACUGCGUUCUCAAGGUCAGUUUUUCUAAUGAUUUUUUUCUUUAAAACAAUUCCUACUUGGAACAAACUCACUUCCAAAUUUCAAUUCAGCCACCACCCCAAGUCUUUAAAAAAAACUUACUGGUCAAUCUACCAUUGCACGAGAUCUUCUUGUCUAUUCCUCCACGACUCAAAUGAUGUAUAACUGUAUAAUGUAUUCUCUCAAAUUCUAGAUCCAAGUGAACUCGUUAGGGUUCACGCUGAUCUGUCAAUAAAUUAUUAUUAUUAGGAGCUGAAGCGAGAGAUCAACGGAGACCAGCGGAGAGACCAAAGAGGAGUUUUUUUCGAUUUCUCUGGCGUCUCUUCAGGUUGCAGUUGAUCUCUAUAUUUCUCCAUCUUUCUUUCUAAGUUCCAGAAGUAAGGAGCUGGAGCGAGAGAUCAACGACGACCAGCGGAGAGACCAGAGAAAGAGAGUUUUUCGAUUUCUCUGGCGUCUCUUCAAGCGAAUGACUGUCUCUGUCGUUUGAGGAAAAAAAAGUGAAAAUGAGAGAUAACGGCUAUUUGAAGAGACGCUAGAGAAACUAGAGUGUUCUAACUUCUCUGGCGUCUCUUCAGGUCGCAGUUGAUCUCUCUCUCGACCUUCCAAGUGCCAGGAUUAAAGAGCCUAAACGAGAGAUCAACGGAACCCCUGAGAGAGGCCAGAGAAAGAGAGUUUUUCGAUUUCUCUGGCGUCUCUUCAAGCGAAUGACUGUCUCUCUGUUGUUUGAGUGUUUGAAAAAAUAAAAAGUGAAAAUGAGAGAUAACGGCUUGUGAAGAGACGAUAGAGUAACUAGAGUUUUCUCACUUCUCUGGCGUCUCUUAAAGUCGCAGUUGAUCUCUCUCUUUCUUCCAAGUUCCAGAAGUUGGGAACUGGAGCGAGAGAUCAACGAAGACCUGAAGAGAGGUCAGAGAAAGAGAGUUUCUUGAGUUCUCAGCCGUCUCUUCAAGCGAAUUACUGUCUCUCUGUUGCUUGAGUGUUCAAAAGAAUAAAAAGUGAAAAUGAGAGAUAAAGGCUAUGUGAAGAGAUGCUAGAGAAACUAGAGUAUACUGACUUCACUGGCGUCUCUUCGGGUCGUAGUUGAUCUCUUACUUCUGCUUUUGGACAUCUCAUCCGAAAAAUUGUUUCGAAGAUCAAGUUCACAAUCCCUACAACUUCAGAGUGAGAGAUCACUGAAAAUUUGGAGAGGCAAUAGCGAAACGAGAGGAAAUAUACUUCUCUCGCGUCUCUUCUGGCUUCCGUUUAACCCUUCAUGACCCUUUUUUUUCAUGAUUUUGAUCAUUUCCCAGGCUACUACGUGAUCGAAGCCCUGAUCUUGUGUACCUUGACCCUCGGCCUGGGAUUCAUCCGAGGCCAGGCCACUUCUAGGAUGGAGUUGACCAGAAAACCCGGCCGAAUCGUCCAUUUCCUGACCCGAGUCGACGCCUCCGUCUGGGAUUCCGAUAAUCGAGUCUCCGAUUUAACCGAAAAAAAUAAGACGACUUCGUCAGCCCGAUCCGACGGCCGUAUCAAAAACAAAAAGGAGGAAAUUUGGCAGAAGGUUAAAAUAGAAAAAGUGAGAAUGUAAAAAUUGUCUUUUCCGUUCCAGAUCCAGUACCGAAUCGCACUGCUCUGGUUCUUCUUCUUCCAACUUAUCAACUUAAUUUUGCUUUUUGUCUUUUUCUCAGCUUCUUGGCUAGAAACUCCCCCUUUCAAGGGUGUCAGCUUCUAG